CAGUAGUUAAAUGAGAACAAUCUUUUCCCAAGUGGUUCCUCUUGAGGACAGCAUUUCUGUUGGCUCCAGAACUUUGGGCCAUCUAUAAAGCUUCACGAUGGAAAAUAAGGAAAUUCUCAAGGAGGAAGAGUUCCUGGCGAGCACUAGAGAAAGAACAGCCAUCAACCAAACCGUAUUCCCUGCAAUGGAGGUCUUUGAAAUCAAUGAUCCAAACCCCAGGAAGAGAAGGGGGGUGAACUGCUUCAUGGUCAUGGUGGCCAUCUACCUGAUUCUGCUCACCGCGGGUACUGGGCUGUUGGUGGUGAAAGUUCUGAAUCUGCAGGAGCGGCUCCGGGUGCUGGAGACUCACUUCAAUGGAACGCUGGCCGCCGAGGACCAUCAGUCCUUCUCUUUGUUCCAGUCCAUGCCCCUCCCGCACCUCCCUGGGGGCAUGCUGGGGCUGCAGGCCCUACAGGCCCAGAUCACCCAGGUUCACACCAGGCAAGAACACCUGCUACGGAAGGUGGACAACUUCACUCGGAGCCCAGAGCUGUUCCGGGUCAAAGGGGAACGAGGCGCUCCAGGUCCUCCAGGACUCCAGGGCCCGCCUGGAAUCAAGGGAGAGGCAGGCCUCCGAGGACCCAACGGUGCUCCAGGGAAACAAGGAGCCCCUGGACAGCAGGGAGAGAAGGGCAGCAAAGGCGAUGGGGGUCUCAUUGGCCUGAAAGGGGAACCUGGAGCUAAGGGAGACAAAGGAGACCUGGGUCUUCCAGGAAGCAAGGGGGACAUGGGCAUGAAAGGAGACACAGGGGUUAUGGGUCCCCCCGGAGCCCAGGGAACUAAAGGUGACUCGGGGAAGCCAGGCGCCCCAGGUGCAGCUGGAUUUCCUGGAAUAAAAGGAGAUCAAGGACAACCUGGAGCGAAGGGUCCUCCCGGCUCUCCGGGCGUGGCAGGAUCCCCAGGGGCCAAGGGGGAGCCUGGCACUGCUGGCUCCCCUGGACUAGCAGGGCCACCAGGGACACCCGGAAGUCCUGGAGCCGACGGCGUGAAAGGAAGCAAGGGAGACCCAGGACUUCAAGGACAGAAAGGAACAAAAGGAGAAUCAGGAGUUCCAGGCCCUGAGGGCAUGAAAGGACAAAAGGGAAACCCGGGCCAGGGAGGCCUCACAGGUGCACCUGGACUGAAAGGCCAAAAGGGAGAGCCAGGAGCAAAAGGAUCUUCUGGAGCACAGGGAACUCAGGGAGAAAAAGGUCAAAAAGGUGAACCAUUACAGAUCGUCAGGAUUAUCGGCAGUAGGAACAGAGGCCGGGCUGAAAUUUUCUAUAACGGCGUCUGGGGGACAAUCUGUGAUGAUGGCUGGGACAAUUCCGACGCCACCGUCUUCUGCCGCAUGCUGGGCUACUCCAGGGGAACAGCCCUUACCAACAUGUCACCUGGCAGUGGGGAGAUAUGGCUGGAUGACGUUGCCUGUCAGGGGACAGAGACGACCCUCUGGAAUUGCAGAAAGAGCAACUGGGGGGCCCACAACUGCAACCACAGUGAGGAUGCUGGUGUGGAAUGCAGAUGACCCCCCACAGUCCCUCAACCAUACUAUGGCCGGAAGUGUCUGCAGGCAGGGACACUCAGCUCCCCUGGGGGAGGGCCAGCAUUCUCUGAGGGGUUGCUCUGAGGCGGGGUCACAAAUAAAACUCAAAGCAUGA